ACACCAAUUUAAUCAGUCAGGUUAUAUAUUCCGUGGAACCAUGGGCCUUGUUCAUGCAAACAGCUAUUCCACCUGCCUAAUAAAUCUGUUCAUCAAUAGUUGCCCCAAAUGCAUGAACGUUGAAUUCAAUUCUAUCGAGUCGGCUGACGGUCCGCCCCGGUCGGUGGUCGGCGGCAGGCCUGCUGGCAGACCGGACCGGCCGGAUCCGCGAGCUGUACAUCGGCUGUCUGGUGGUGCACUGCCUGCUGCACCACAUGCUCUUCUACAUCCCGGCUAGCCCUCACACCACGCCGGAGGCGCUGGCCGCCUCGAGCAACGGCAGCCGGCUGGAGUGUGCCGACUGGCCGCCGCCGCCCUGCGGCAACCUGACGCGCACGCUGCACUGCACCCUGGUGUGUGACGCGGCCGACACGACGGGCGGCGCCGGCCUGCUGCUCUGCCCGGCCGACGGCCCGUGCCGCGAAGCCACGCCCACGGCCGUGCUGCAGCUGCCGCUGGGCUCGGACGGCUGCCAGCUGCCGGCGUCGCUGGUCGACGGCGACGUGCAGCUGCAGCUGCACCACGGCGAGUUCAGCUGCCCGUCGAGCUGCUGGCUGGACUGCGCGCCGGCCAGCGGGCUGCCCGUCUCGAACCGGACCACGUUCUGGAUCUACUUCUGGUUGCGAGUGGCGGCCACCUUCUUCCUGAAGCCGACGUUCACGCUGCUGGACGCCACCAACCUGGCGCUGGUCAAGAGGCACAAGGAGCCGGGCCAGAACUUCGGCCGGCAGCGGGUCACCGCCAUCCUGGCCACCGUCAUCAUGCCGCCGCUGGCCGGGCUGCUCAUCGACGUCUUCAGUGGUGACGGCCCGACCAAUUACAGCCCAGCCUUCUUUGUGACGGACGUCUGUGGAUUGAUUGCUUUGAUCACCGUGUUCGCCUCCCGGUUACGCGUCGCACUGCCGGAGAAACCGCAUUUCCAACAUCUGGCGCAGAUUUUCAAACGCCCUGAAACGGUGGUUUUUCUGUUUGUCGUCUUAUUUCUGGGCGUCAUGUGGGGAUUUUUGGAAAGUUUUCUUUUCAUUUUCCUCAAGGAGCUCAACGCACCAACCUAUAUGCUUGGCCUGACGAUGACUGUGGCCGGCCUGGCCUCGAUGCCGUUCAACUGGUGGUCUGACGCCAUCACCAGGAAGAUCGGGCACGUCAACGUGCUCAUCAUGGCCUUCUUCGGCUACGCGGUCCGCUACGUCGGCUACUCGCUCAUCAAGGUGCCCUGGCUGUGUUUUCCGUUCGAGCUGCUGGAGGUGGUCACUGUGCACCUGAUGUGGAACAGCGCUGCCACCUACACGGCGCAGCUGGCGCCUCCCGGCCUGCUCGCCACGAUGACCGGACUCUCGGGGAUGCUCCACUACAAUGCCGGCCAUGGUCUGGGCAGCUUCGUGGGCGGCUAUCUGAUGGCUUCCUACGGCAUGGAGUUCACCUACCGCGUCAUCGGAGUUGCCAGCGGCGUUGCCGGCAUCCUCUACGCGGUCGUCUACUACUGCUGCCUGCACGGACACAUCAAACGCCGCGAGAAGGCCGAAGGAGCAGCGGUAGAGGAGACGCUUCCCACGGGCACUAGCACGGCAACACUCACUACAAUCGUUCAAAGUGAGGACGGAGCCCGUGUCGAAUCCACCAAACUCUAGGUGGAUCUGUGAGUGGCGUCUGGCGGCGAUGAACCGCGCUGAGAAUGGUUGAGUUGAUGUUAAGAUAUCAAUGGAAUUACUAACCGAAGGGGCUGUAUUUAUCAAUAGGUAGUUGAUUUAGAUGCUCGAUUUAUUGUUUUGGGCAGUGUUAUGAAUAUGUUUUAGUUUUUUCCUUAGAUGUCUCUAAUAGAAAUGCUGACCAUUAUGUAGAAGAGGUACUGUAUUAGUGAUGACCUAUUACAAAAAUGAGGAUACCAAUACCAAACCAAAUAUUAACCAAAACCACGGAAAUAUACCGAAACCGAACCAACUUGGGAAUACCAAGGAAAUACCAACUUUUUACCAAAUUCACAGCCUCUUAUACGUUAGCAAAGCUUCAUGAUACCUACCAACAAAAUAUCAAAAACAGGAUUGAAGUAGGUACCAAUUACCAAGUUGGUAUCGGAUUGGCAUGCAUCGGUAUACCGAAAAGUUGGUAUCCAAUUGACCUCUUUGUACUGUAUGCUGUAUAAGGAAAUUUAUGAAUAGUUUAUCAUGAAUAAGCGGGACCAAUAUGGGCGUCAAUAACGAAUGUCGUCUUCGUGACGUGAAACAUAGAAUUGAAUAACCUAGUAUGAUAAUGUUCGUCACUUUUUCUUAAAGUUUUUUGUCUCAUGGGCCAUGGCAGCAUCAAAAUGCAGACGUUUUACUGUGUUCGAAUUAUUCUAAUGGCUCACAUGGCCCAGAAUGAUGUUCACUGUUCAUGCCUCCGCAAUGGAACGGCCCACCCGUUUACUGUUUUUAUGUGAUUAUUUUGAUGCGAUAUGUGUUCUUCCCAACCGCGGGACCUUGCCUAGUGAGCAUUCAACGGCUUAGCUUGUACACGGCAGAAAUCGAGAACAUUUGGGGUGACGAUGGUAUGCAAAAUGCGUGUUUUAUGAACGGCACCACGUUUAUCUAAUUAGUGGUGUUACUAGUGAAGCUUCAUUAUAAAUGCGUGGAUGAAAUGUGAAUAAGUUCAAUGACAUUGUAUGCAUGCUAGGCUGCUAUUGAGAUUAAAGUGUCUCGAUGAAUAUCUGCGAAAGUCAUAAAUGCAAUUAUCGUCGCUGGGUAUUUGGAGACUUGUUUAAUGAGUGCUGUGCAGUGUGCACUGUUUAGUAAUUGAUACGUACAUGCCUGUGGACACUGCUCCCGGUGAUCAUGGCGCUACAUUAGUGCCUUUGGCCAUCUGUUUUGUUUAACCAUUUGUUUAGACCUGUUUAAUAAAGACUUUUGAACUUCCU